CAGACCCAGCGCGAGUAGUGGUGUUAUUGUAUGUGUUACUUUUCUGGAUUGUUAAAUUUAGUUUAUUCUUGAAGAAUAGUUCAAGGCAUUGCAAUUGCGAAAAAGAUAAUGGGGGAUUAUGAAAAAGAACAGGCGCGCCUGCUACGCCUGUUUGAAGAAGUAGAACCCGAUGAAGACCCGAUCGAUGAGGAAUCUGAAAAUGAGGAAGAUGGAAUUGAAGCUCAGUUAGAGAAUAGUGACACAGAGCAAGACGCGGAUUCAUCUGACAGCGAGGGAAAUGAGGAAGGUUCUUCAAAAACGACCAGAGUGCCUUCAUUUACCGGAAAGGACGGACAAACAGUCUGGAAAAAAUCUGUUCCUAACAGAAAAGUUCGAACCCGACGUCACAACAUUGUGAUUCAUCUGCCUGGUGUAAGACCGCAUGGUAAGCAUGCAACGACUGCUAUGGAAUGUUGGGGUCUCUUUUUUUCGAGGGAAAUAUUAGAAUUACUGGUCGAAAAUACAAACAAAAUGAUCAACAGAGUUGCUGAUCAUUUUUCCAGAUCUAGAGACGCAAAACCUACGGAUUUGGUUGAAAUAAAAGCUCUGUUAGGCCUCUUAUACUUGGCGGGAUGCCUCAAAAGUAGUCGCCUUAGUGUUGAGGAAUUGUGGACCACAGACGGGACAGGUGUUGAAAGAUUUUGGUUAACAAUGUCCAAGGAGAGGUUUCUGUUUUUACUAAGAUACUUGCGUUUUGACGACAAAGAGACAAGAGAACAGCGUAGAGCAAUCGAUAAAUUAGCUCCAAUUAGGAAUCUAUUUGACAUUUUUGUGGAAAAUUGCAAAAAAUAUUAUACAGUGAGUGAGUACACUACGAUUGACGAAAAACUUGAGGCUUUUCGGGGACGUUGUGGUUUUAAACAAUAUAUACCCAACAAGCCUAGUAAAUAUGGAGUAAAGAUUUUUGCGUUGGUGGAUGCUAAAACAAUGUACACACAAAAUUUGGAGGUGUAUGUUGGAAAACAACCAGAUGGCCCUUAUUGUUUCCCAAAUGAUGCUAAGAGCAUUGUUGAAAGAAUUGUUGCUCCCAUAUCAGGAACUGGGCGAAACGUAACUUGUGAUAAUUGGUUCACCUCAUUCCCUCUUAUUUUAAAACUUAAAACAGAUCACAAAUUAACGCUAGUGGGAACAGUGAGGAAGAAUAAAAAAGAACUGCCAGCUGAAUUCGUGAAUACCAAAGCUCGCCCUCUUCAAUCAACAAUGUUUGGUUUUCAAGAAGAGACAACCAUACUCUCCUAUGUGCCAAAAAAGGGAAAGAACGUUAUCCUUGCUUCGAGCAUGCACCACGAUGAUAAAAUCGACAUGUCCACGGGGGAAAAAUUCAAGCCCGAAAUAAUAACCUUUUACAACUGCACAAAAGGCGGAGUCGACACAGUCGAUAAACUAUGUGCUACUUACAAUGUGGCACGGAAUACACGACGUUGGCCGAUGGUCAUCUUCUUUUCACUUAUGAACCUAGCUGGAAUUAAUUCCCAGAUUAUUGCUAAAGCAAAUGGCAGCAGCAACGUAAGUGUUAGAAGACUAUAUUUAAAAAAUUUGGCUUUGGCGUUAACCGAAGAUCAUCUGAGACGCCGUGCUCAGGUUACAAAUAUCCCACGAAGAGUGCGUGAGAGAAGACAGGAAGUAGCAGGUAUAAGUUCUUCCACGGUUGUAGCUCCCUCACCACCUGGGACAAGAAAAAGGUGUCAUUUUUGCUCUAAAGACAGUAAAACAAAAUAUACCUGUAAGAAGUGCAACAAAUUUCUGUGUUUAAGCCACGCUGAAAUGUUGUGUCCGCAAUGUGUACGUAUUCAUGAAGAAGAGUUUUAGAUCUUAAUUUUUGUAAAAGCAGCUUGUAUGUUUUUAAGCCUUAUAGCAAUAUC